AGAGUGUGUGCAGCGUGAGGUGAUUUGAUAUAUAAAAACCGAUCCUCAUCGCUGGGAGACGAUCAAACGACGGACCGAGCGCUCGAGAGCGGAUCAACGGAAGGCGUUUCGCUAGGACAAGAUUGGUUUUGGGGCCAGAUUGUUGCAAUCGAUCCGGUGAGGUCGGGAUCAGUUUUCGCACGCUCCGCAACACUCCACCGACAAUGAAGGUAUUGUGCAGUUUGGUUCUGCUGGCAGUGGUCGGUCUAGCUGUGGCUUAUCCUGCCGAACAGGUGGCCGACUCCCAACCGCCAGUCGACGUGGUACAGCUCGUCCCGGUAGAGGAUAGUGCUGCCACCGUACCGGAAGCGCUCGAAACGGUGGACGGUCAACAACGCUCGAAGCGUCAUCUUGGAUUCGGUGGCGUUGGCAUCGGUGUCGGCGUUGGAUUUGUUGGUGGUGGGGUCGGUGGUUUUGGCGGCUAUCCCGGAUACGGAUACGGUGGGGGUUUCCAUCCCGGGUACGGGUACGGUGGAUUCCAUCCCGGGUUCGGAUACGGUGGCUAUCGGCGCUACGGCUACCGGUACGGUGGAUACGGCUAUGGAGGAGGCUUCGGAUAUCCGCACUACUUUUAGACAAAGAAAAAACCAAAACCAAAAAUAAAUACACUAAACUAAAAGCCAUUGCAUAGGAAAAUGGA